UAUUUCAAAUCUUGUCUUGUUUUAUUAGCUAUUCUAUAGCUACAGAGUAUUCAUAGGAUCCUCAGGAUAAAGAACGAAAUAAUGGAUACCCACCGAACUCUCGACUGAAAAAAAGGAAAAUAUAUUUUCGGUCAAAGAUUUUCGGCAAAAAAAUAAAAGAUACGGCACAAAAGAGAGAGAAAAAAGGGCCAAACCCCUAAUCAAUGUUCCACACUCUUGACUCAAACUGACGUCUCUGCCUUUACGAUACUUGGGAACAAUGUUGCUAUUUUCACUUUUAGCUCUAUUUGUGUUUACAGAUAAAUCUUCCGGAUUUUGUCGAGAUGGCUUUGCGCAGGUGCAGAACUGGUGUUUUUCUUUUCACCUUCAGCCAGUAGGAAUGUACGACACAGCACGCGAAUGUUCACGCCAGGGGGCGGGGCUAGUCACCCUGGACUCGGCAGAAAAAGAAAGGGCAUUAACUCAGUUCAUUGAAGAUAUGAAUUUCUUCGGUCUCCAACAGGAUAGAAGUGCUCUCCGGCGAUCUCUAGAGGAAUUGAUAAACACCGACAACGACGCAGCCGCGUUUUGCGAGGACUAUAAGAAAUACAGAGAAAAAUCCAAAUCCUACAUCUUUAUUCCUAAUGCAGAGAUCCCGCUCGGCUCUCACCCGGAAGACCGGGCCAACCACACGACACCGGAAGGGUUCAGCAUCAAGCUGUCUACUAUCCCGGGGGCGGGGUUCGGGGGGUUCGCGGAGAGGUUUAUACCGAAACACACAAUCAUAGGAAGCUACGAGGGGCUUAUACACACCAACCACAAAGACGACGAUCUAUACUCGUGGCAGACGGAGAAAGUGGGAUCUGAAGGAAUGUACGUCAUUGACGCCGGAAAUCCGGCUAACAGUAACUGGUUACGGUGGAUAAACUGCGCGGGAAACGUGGAACAGGAAAACGUGAUCGCUGUGUCGUGCGCAGGUCUCAUUCUGUACAUGACGACCAGGGAUAUUUACCCCGGAAGUGAAAUGUUUGUCUGGUAUGGUGACGGUUACGGGGACUUUCUCAAAAUCAGCAGAGUUCACCCAGAGUCGGACCUACAAGGGAUUUUCAACAUCCGGGUCAACGUUCUCUCGUUUGAUGACAAGGACCGGACGGUCUACAGUGACGGAAGUCCGGUCACUUACAUGAACUGGGUCCCGGAAGCAGCAUCAGACGUCGUGGACAACACAUUCGGCCUCGUUCUGACGUACAACGGAAGUGAAUGGAAAUGGUUUCCGGAGAAGGACUAUCGAUAUUUUACUGGACCGGACGGUCUACAUCUUCCCUUUGUGUGUGAGGAUAGAACCACUUAUAAUGAGGACGGAGUUAUCGAUCCUGAUUACAAGGAACCUGAGGCGGGGGAGUCGUCUACUAGUCACGUGGACUCAGACAUUUUAGCGGAAGGCGACAUAAAACCAUUAAAAAGUGACGGUCGAUUGGAACCGGAAGUAGUUUGUGAUGGUUCAGUGUAGUGCUUUCUUGGAUGUGCUAAUUUAAUUUAUUUUGUGGGUUAUGUGAGGUUAGAGAGAAGGAGAGAGAGAGUAAUAUUGAGAGAGUAAGAAAGAGCAGAUGAAUAAGAGAGAGGACGAGAGCAAAGAAAUGAUUUUGAGAGAGGAAUAGAACGAACGAAUAGAAUGAACAAAAGACAGUAGGGGAGGCUGAGCGAGAGGGAGAGAGAAGUAGAAAUAAUUUAUUUUUGAAAAUUUUUAUUUCAAUUUUUUCAAGCAUAAAAUUAAUCUGUGAUUCAAUUAAAAGUAUUAAACUGGAUAUUUAUUUCUAAGAAGCCAUGUAAUAUUGUUCCAACAUUAAUAUAUAAAUAUACGUGUCUUUGUAAAUAAAACUUAUCAUAUGAUAACUCACAAAAAUGGACAAUUAAUCACGUCCC